AUGUCAUUUAUUUCAUGGAAAAAUAAAACAUCAACACCAGGUUCACCAAUAAAUUCGACAUUACAAAAUACCGGUAAUAAUAAUAACAGUAAUAAUUUAAACAAUAGUAGUAAUGGUACACCAACAAAUUCCAAUACAUCAACACCAAGCAGUAUUAGUGGUUUGGGACCUCUUGGUUCAUCAUCGUCAGCACCAACAUUACAAUCAACAGGAGGCUUUACAUACACACCAAGUUCUGCACCAAUGUUUAAUAGUGCAUCAAAUUUAAAUAGUGUUAGCAAUAGUACAGGUAUUCAAUCACCAACAUUGUCCUCCUCUACAUCUUCAGAUUAUAACAAUAGUACAGUUGGAAGAGCAAAUUUAAUUGAUACAUCACAAUUCAAUAACAACUAUACUCAGUUUGGUGGUCAACCACUUGUUCCACACUCUGAUAUUGGUUCGGCAGUUUUAAAUAAAUUUUCAAAAUAUCUUUUAACAAAAGGUUAUAAUUUUGAUGGUAUUUUUAAACCACACCCAGAACUAGAAAAUGAAAUUCAAACUGUUAAAAAGAAUUUGUUAAAAGAUUUAAGUUUAGAUGCAGAACAACUUCAUAUUCCAACUUUAACUCAAAAUCCAUAUGUUAUUGCAGAAUUAUUUAAACAAUAUUUAUCAUUGUUACCAGAACCUCUGUUUUCAUUCCAUUUAUAUGAUAGUUUUUUAUUAACUCAUUCGAUUUUAUCACCAUUGGAUAGAAUUUGGGCAUAUAGAUUUUUAUUAUUAUAUUUACCAAUGGGAUUUAGAGGAGCUAUCAAAAGUGUUUUAACAGUUUUACAAAAGGUUCACCAAUGUAGUGAUCAAACUAAAAUGAAUUCUGAAAGCUUAUCUAAAAUUUUUUCAUCUGUAUUUUUAAGACCCGAAGAGCAAAUGUAUUAUAUGAAAUCCGAUCAACAAACCAUUGAAGAAAUUGUCAAACUUUGGAUUGAAGAGUAUGAAACAAUAUCAAAACCACCAACUGGUCCAAAUUCAAGAGUUUCUACAAUUUUAUCAUCAAUCCCCCCACACCCUCAACAACAGGCACCAAAUUUACAACAAUUUUCAACCUCCCAACCCCCACAAACUUUACAGCAACCAACCAUUGGUUUAUAUAAAAUUGCAGGUUCAAACUCAUCAAAUAAUUUACAAUCUAAAUCUCCAAAACUAUCCUUACCAACCAUUCCAAAAGAUGAUCAUCAACAAGUUACAAUAGUUAAAUCUAAGCCAGUAAUACAAACAAUUGAGCCAAAAAAACCUAUUGAACAACCAAAAGCAACCCAAUCACAACCAAUAAGUAUUCCUAAUAAUAACAAUAAUAUUAGUAAUAAUAAUAAUAAUAAUAAUAGUAGCACAACACCAAAUAGUAGCCCAGGUAGUUAUAGAUUAUCAAUGUUAAUACCAUCAUCAUCAUCAUCAUCACCAUCUGCAUCAACUAUUUCUCCACAAGAGGUAGAAGAAAAAGUAAAUAAAAUUAAAAUUUCAAUCGAUGCUACAGUCAGUGAACAAACCCUUUUACAAGUUAAGAAUCUUCUUAAGAGUAUCGAAAAAGAUUUUAAUUAUAAUAAUAUUAUAAAAUUCUCGACAAUCCUCAGAGAUGCUAAAAAGCAUAUGAACGAAUCAGCCGAAAAGCUUUUAGGGCUCAAUAAAACAAUCAUAAGAGAAUUUAUUCAAGAGUAUCCAAAACCAUUAUCCUACAAUCUUUUAGUAUCAUCAACACCAAUUCUCGAUAACAGUGCACUUGGUGAUCAAGAAAAGAAGGCCAAUGAUUUAAAGAGGGCCUCUCAGGUUGCUUCUGAUGAAAUUUCAGAUUACAUCUAUUUCUUUAAAUUAAAUGUUAGCACAUUCGAAAACAAAGAACAGGUUAUUGCAACAGCUCAAAUUUUUUCCAAACUAAAGUCAAUUCUAGACUCACCAGGUACUUCAUUAUCUGAUUUAGUUGCUAAUUAUAAUAGCACUGGUACCAUUGACUCUUCAUCACCAAAUAGCUCCCCAUCAUUAGCCAGAUUCAAUAACAACUUUAACAAUAUACCAAUUUCUCCAUCAUCACAGGUUAAUAAUAAUAAUUAUAAUAUUGAUAAAUCAACAGCAAGAGUUAUCGAAGUAUGUACAGAGGAAAUUAAAGUGAAAAUUGAUGUAAAGAAAAACAAAGUCGAAAACGCAGAUAUAAAUCAAGCUUUUGAAAUAGGUAAAAAUAUUAGAAUUAUAAAAACAACUUUAGACGAAUUAUAUAAUGAAUGUAAACUUGCAUUCCCACCAGAAGUUAAAGCCCAAUCUGUUCCAGGCGAGGAUCAAUUAUCAACACUCAGAAAAGCCUUACCUAUCCUUUUUGAUAGAUUCAAAACUCAAAUUGAUUGUCUCUCUCAAAGAAUUUUAUUAAACAAUUGCACAUCCAACGAAGAACAAAAUUUAAUUAUGGAUAAAUUAUUAUUUAUUAAUAGACAUUUAAAAGUUUAA